AUGGCUUCACUGGCGCAAAAGAUGGAUGGCCUCAAGGUCACCGACACCUUCUACGUCACGGACUCCGAGGGAAACGUCGCGGAGCUUUCCGUGGCUGCUGCCGAGGUUAACAACUCCGGGGUACGGUCGCUUGAGCCCCUUCUCGAGGGAUUCAAGAAAGCCGUGGGGGGCUCCAACGUGGAGCAGGCGGAAGGUGCGCUCAACGCCAUGACGCACUUCAUCAAGGAGUGCCCCGUGGCUGAGCCGUACAUGGCGUCGCUGCUGCCGAUCGUACUCAAGGCGGCGUCGCACAAGGCGAAGAACGUCCAGAAGGCCGCAACCAUCACCGGCGAGACGUUCGCGGCGAAGAUGUCGCCGAACGCCGUGGCGGCCGUGCUUCCUGACCUGUUCGCUUGCCUGGACGUCGGGCAAAACUGGCAAACGCGUGUGCUGGCUCUCAACAUCAUCACCUCCUUCAGCGACCACGCCUCACACCAGCUGGGAUACAACCUGCCGGAAGUAGUACCCGCGCUGACGCCGUGCAUUGGCGACACCAAGAAGCAGGUCAAGACCGCUGCGGUCGCGGCCAUGACCGCGGCAUGCGACGUCAUCGGCAACCGAGACAUGGAGCACAUGACCACCGACAUCGUUAAGGCCGUGAUCAACCCGGGCACUGUGCCGGAGAUCAUGCACAACCUGGCGAGUGUCGCCUUCGUGCAGUCGGUGGAGAGUCCCGCGCUGGCUAUGGUGGUGCCCCUCCUUCUCCGUGGGCUGCGCGUGAAGGAAACUGCCACCAAGCGCCAGUCAUCUGUCAUCAUCGAGAACAUGAGCAAGCUGGUGGAUGAACCGACGGACGCGGCUCCUUUCUUGCCUCUUCUGAUGCCCGCCCUCGAGAAGGCUGCCGGCACCAUCGCAAACCCGGAGGCGCGCGGUAUUGCGGACCGCGCCUACGCGCAGUUGAUGCGUCUUGACGGCUUGUGCAAGAUCAGCAAGUCGAAGAAGUCCGACAUGGCGUUGGUUUCCGCUGCCAUCAGGACUGUGGCUCCCUCCCUCGCCAAGGAUGACUUCACGGACAUCGCCGUGUCCUACGUCGCCUCCAUGUGCUGCACGCUGAUGGACCUCAAGCAGACCACUGACGAGGAAUGGGCUGGUGUUGGCGAGCUGUUGGCCCUUCUUGUGAAGAAUCUUCCUAGCGACGCCACCGCGACUCUCAAGUCGAAGUGCGCAGAGAUGAUGGUUGCCGAGGAGGCUGUGGACGAUGACGAGGAUGCGGAGGAGCUUUGCAACUGCCAGUUCACCCUGGCGUACGGCACCAAAAUUCUCCUGCACAACACCAAGAUGAGGCUGAAGCGCGGUAAGAACUACGGUCUCCUUGGUGGGAACGACUCUGGCAAGAGCACCCUGAUGCGGGCAAUCGCGAACGGUUCUGUCGAGGGAUUCCCCGACCCAUCCGAGGUGCGCACGGUGUUCGUCGAGGCGGACAUCCAAGGCGAGCAGUCUCAUCUUUCGUGCGUCGACUACGUGAUGGCGGACGAGAAGAUCCAGCGCAUUGGUAUCGACCGUGCGCAGGUGACGGAGGUGCUGGCCACGGUCGGUUUCACCGAAGACGGGAAGGCCAAGCCUAACCACGCGGUGUCCACGCUGUCGGGAGGAUGGCGCAUGAAGCUGGCCAUGGCACGUGCGAUGCUCCAGAAGGCGGACAUCCUUUUGCUGGACGAGCCGACCAACCACUUGGAUGUCAUCAACGUGGCGUGGGUGAAGAACUACCUCAACAGCCUCACCAACGUCACGGCGAUCAUGGUGUCGCACGACUCUGGUCUCCUCAACGACUGCUGCAGCCACAUCCUUUCGAUCGAGAACCUGAAGCUUGUCAACUUCAAGGGAAACCUGAACGAGUUUGUGGCGGUAAACCCGACGGCCAAGUCGUUCUUCGAGCUCAAGGCGUCCAAGCUGAAGUUCAACUUCCCGCAGCCCGGGCCGAUCGAGGGCGUCAAGUCCAAGGGUAAGGCGCUGAUGAAGAUGGCACACUGCGACUUCACGUACCCCGGCAACACCGUGCCCACCCUCUUCGACAUCUCUGUCCAAGUCUCUCUGUCGUCGCGUGUUGCGUGUGUGGGCGAGAACGGCGCGGGGAAGUCGACCAUGAUCAAGGUGCUGACUGGCGAGGUUGUACCGCAGACCGGCGACGUGUGGCGGCAUCCCAAUGCGCGAGUAGCUUACUUGGCGCAGCAUGCCUUCCACCACAUCGAGGACCACAUGAACAAGACCCCGAACGAGUACAUCCGGUGGCGGUUCGCCAACAACGGCGAGGACAAGGAAUCGUUGGUGAAGGUUUCCAUGGUGGUGACCGAGGAGGAAGAAAAGCUCCAGAAGACACAGUUUGAAGUCACGUGGACCGAUGAAGAAUCCGGCGUGGCGAAGAAGGCUAAGAAGGUUGUUGCCGAGCUCCUCGGCGGCCGUCGCCAGGACAAGACCAAGGAGUACUUGUACGAGGUUCGGUACACCGUGGCCAGCGACGCUCCCAACUACCUUCCCAGGAAAAAGCUCGAGAAGCAGGGAUGGGGGAAGGCCAUCAAGGCCAUCGAUGCGCGUAUCGCCCAGACAAGCGGCCUGUACGUGCGACCGCUGUCCUCCUCCAACGUGGAGAAGCACCUCGCGGAUUGCGGCCUGGCGGCAGAGUUCGCCACUCACACCCGAAUGCAGGCGUUGUCGGGCGGGCAAAAGGUGAAGGUUGUGCUGGCUGCUGCCAUGUGGAACCAGCCUCACAUCCUUAUCCUCGACGAGCCCACCAACUACCUGGACCGUGAGUCUCUUGGGGCACUUGCGUGCGCCAUCGACGAUUUCCAGGGAGGUGUAGUGAUCAUCUCACACAACAACGAAUUCGUGAGCACGGUCUGCCCGGAGGAGUGGGUGAUGGACUCGGGCCGGCUGGAGACGAAGGGUGACGCAGGGUGGAUGGAACGCCAGGAUGAGAAGAUCAGCGACCAGGCUGUGAUCAAGGAAGUAACGGAUGCCGCAGGGAACGUAUCCAAGGUGAAGGGCCCCAAGAAGAAGCUCUCCAAGCGCGACCACAAGGCACUGGCGAAGCGAAUUAAGGCGAAGAUCAACGAAGGCGCCGAGCUCGAGAGUGACGAGGACGAGUUUGCAACGGAGAACGAUCUUUACUGAUGUGAUCAGUGAAGUAGAUUGAAGGUUGCUGUUCGUUUUCAUACCUUGCGUUCCACCCAACUUGCGGCUGACCUUUGAAGCGGUUCGAGUUCGUCUGUGUCUACUUUGUCGUGUUGGUGCGAGCGGACAGUUGUUCGUGAGGCAUCGUUUGGUUGUGUUGAUAUUUUGGGCGUGAUGUGCUUCUCUUUGACGAGGCGAAAAGAAUAUUCCGGUAGGGUCGAGUUCUUUUGAGCACGUAUUUCAUGAGUUGGUCUGACACUCUCGUGUGAUUUACUGGAUUUUAUGCCUUCGCGGGAAAUCGAAGCGUUGUUACCCUCUACGAGCAAGCCUUUCUGGGAUGCAAUCGAUGGAUUUAAUUUAGCUGUUGCAGCACACCGUCGUACGGAAGUGAAACCGGUCACACCGAUAACAUGAUGCAGUGUGUUCCCCAAGCGCUCAAAGUUUACAAAUUAUUUUGUAAAUGCCGGGUGCUCGCUGCGGCUGCAUAUUCCCGUUCGCAUAGGGCGGCUUUUGGCUGGCCGCCACAUGGGGAUGACGAGCUGAUGAUUUACCUUUCCCCGUAGAUGGGCUGAACAUCCUGGCCGUGGAAUGGCAAUGAAGGCAUGGACUUUCAUAGUGGGCGUAAUUAAGCAAGCCAUUACCACGAUCAACACAUGAAUGCGAUACACACCAGGACAUCGCCCGCACUUGAGAAUUUUAUGCUCAACAGUGGAGUAAAUAAAGACCUUCCGCAAGGUUUGUGAACGCCGAUGGAUACGGACCCCUACAAUCAAGUAGCACCUUAGAGCGGCCAUGUGCCAUCCACCAGAACAGAGCAUCCGAACUCAAGGCUCAGCCAGAAUAAACUACAGGACAUGAGCGGAAGUUAUAAUAUCUUCACGCGCAGAAGAAUAUGCACCAAACGAUCGAACAAACGCAUGAUAAAAAUACUCGGACAUUUUCGUUGUGCCUACCCACAGUUGCCACACGAUGUGAUCUGUCCUCUUGCUACAUUGUGCCACCUUCUGCUGCUUUCUGUGCGCCAUCGUGUGGUGUAAACUCCGGAGUACGACGCGGUGUGGUAACAACCUUCACAGCCAAGAAGCACAAACCUCGUGUGACUUGUAACCAAAACACAUGGCUCUUCACACGAGAUGCGUAUUCACAUCGUGGUUGAAAGUAGAAGCAGAAAACGUGAUGGAAGCCCGGAACCCCCUGAGCAAGUGCAGGAAAGAAAAUUCACACUACAAAUGUCAGUGCGUUCACCAUGCAUGCCCAUCUCCGUCUUCACCCCUACGAUUCCUCCCACCUAGAAACAGCGAUGCCGCCCCGAAAACGCUCUGAACACGCGCAUUUUGUGCACUCAACACGCUACCUAGCCCGGCCAGAGCUUGCCUUCCAGCUUCUAAACCACGAGCCUGAGCGGAGGCGCCUGGCCCGUCUCCGCUUGCUGGUGCGCCAGACUUUAUCCCUACCGAAUUUCUACUUCGGGAUGAAGGGACCCCCUGAGCAAGUGCAGGAAAGAAAAUUCACACUACAAAUGUCAGUGUUAAGCCUUAACGUUCACUAUGCCCAUCUCCGUCUUCACCCCUACGAUUCCUCCCACCUAGAAACAGCGAUGCCGCCCCGAAAACGCUCUGAACAUGCGCAUUUUGUGCACUCAACACGCUACCUAGCCCGGCCAGAGCUUGCCUUCCAGCUUCUAAACCACGAGCCUGAGCGGAGGCGCCUGGCCCGUCCCCGCUUGCUGGUGCGCCAGACUUUAUCCCUACCGAGUUUCUACUUCGGGAUGA